AUGAAAACUCGCAAAGUGGGUAUAAAGAUGGAGAAUCCAGACUCAUUCUCAUAAAGAUGCUUAGACCCAGAGGAUCCAAUGUGCACUCCUGAUGAGUUUUUCAAAGAGAUCUCCUACUUUAUUGAUCUCAAUGAGAUUUAUGAAGUAAAGAGUACUUGCUAUAAUAAUGAUGAGUUUGCUUUUAUUCCAAUACUACUCUAAAUCAAAAGUGAUGUGAUAAAAAAAAGUUAUGAUAACUGCAAAUAUCUACUUCAAAUAUGGAAUACAGCUGAAAAGUCAAAAGUCUAUGAGUAACCAUUAAAAAAUCCUCUAAAAAAUUGGGCUAUUUGCGAAUAAAGCUUCUUGAUGGUCUAUGAAAAAGAAGACUAGGACAACGACUGCAUGAUUUUAAUGGAUUGCUACUCAAUGAGCAAAAAAUAUUUCAAGGGUUUCGGAAUCGAAAAUGAUAUUACAUACAAAGAAGUGAGAUUCGUCAGUUUGAGCCAGUACACAGAGGAAAGAAAUGAAGUUAAGAAAGAAGAUAUCAGAGUAGUCAAGCCUGGUUGUUCUCUUCAUGGAAUUCUAAUCAAUUAAUUUUCAGUUGGUGAUGACUGUCUCAUAGUUGCCUUUGAAACCCCCGACAAUCAGAUAGACUUUAACAUGCUUUAUGCAUACAAUAUUGAGAGUCCAGAUUUCACCUACAAAUGGGAAUAGUAUAGAAUAGUUAACCCUAGAAAGAACCAUAAUGCCCCAGAUCGCAUUAUAAAGUUAUGCAAUGUUUUCUACUAAGGUUUUAAUUUUGCCGUAUCUUUGAGAGAGUCAGGAUUGAUAGAUAUCUACUGGAAUAUGGCUCGAAGAGAUUCUCCUUCAGGUAUUUUAUUAAAUUUAAUUGUUAUAGUCAAGGUAAAGGAUAUCGGAAUGAGCAUUGGAGGAUUCUACUUCAAACUGGAUGAUGGAACGUUCCAAUAUUUUAAGCAUCAAGGUCGAUCCAACAUUUCUUACUCUAUGAGUCAACCGACUACUGAUGAAGAAAUCGAUUUUGACAAUAUACAUCUUAAGAUUAUUAACUAAUAUGUCAAGUUAUACACCAGCUUUAAAGUUAUUAGCAAAAAUGAAACAUUCGUUAUUGUAGCUCAUGGAAAAUUCUUAUCACUGUACAAUAUUGAACAACAAAAGUGGGUAAAUCAUUUGUACUUUAAAAAUGCUGAUAUCUUUGAAGUGCUUUCAAGAUUAGACUCAACUUGGUCAUCAGAUAUCUCAAUAGAUGUGAUGCUCAAGAAUGGAGAAUGGUAUAAAGAUGUCAUAUAAGACUUUGAAAGAACAGAUCCAUUCGAGACAGCCUCCCUAACCUUAACAGGAAAGCCAGUUAGAGUAAAUCAUGACAAAUAAAAUGAAACUAAUUACAUAAUCAUGAUUUAAGAGGCAUAUGAUUACUUAAUUUAUCAAUACAAGAAUUAUUCCUUAGAGGAGUAAAAAGUCAAUGCAGGGGAUAAAUAUCACAGUAAUAGAAAUUUAAUAGCUGUUUAGACAGUGGGUGAUUAAGCAGACAAGUACUUUGUUCUAUAAAACACCUAUGGAUUUAUGAUAUAUAAAAGUUCCUCAUCUGACAGUUAUUCUUGUUCGCUCAAAAGAUUCAAAACUUUUAAAGAUACCUACAUUAGUGGGAAUCUUCAUUCGGCCGUUACCUAUGAUAUAAAGCACCACAUCUUUUUAUUUGAUGAAAGAGAUCUCUACAUUAUCCUUAUGGACAAAGAUGCUUAGCAAAUCGGAAUAAUAUCAAAUAUUUUUGCAAUAAGUGUUCAGUUCUUUAAUAAGUAGGUCAGUUACGUUCUUUGUUAAGAUAAAGCAGAGAAUCUUAACUCUGGCUUAAGACUUUUAGAUAUGGAAAGCACACUAAAAAAAAGAAAGUGCAACCUUAUAUUACUGAAGAACAUAGAUUUCGGUAUUCAGAGAAGUUUGGAGCAUUCAAAAGCUACUGGUAGACUGUGCUUUUAAAAAUCUUUGUCGUAACUGAUUAUCUGUCCAAUUCUGCAUCAAAAUACUAAUAAACUUAUGGGAGCAUCAGAAAAUGAUUAUUACAUUCUGGUAAAAAGAUAAGAUGAUAGAAUUAUAACCUUUACUCAAACAGGGUAACUAACAACUUGGAAUCUAGUAACAGGAAAGCAUAUCUGUACUCAUAUGAAAACAGAAUUUGCUGAUUAACUCUCUGGCUAUGGAGUUUAACAAUACUAUAAAAAUCUGUGUAGUUUUUACAGUUACUAAGCAGUUAACACAAUGGCAGAUGAAUAAUUCUACGAUGCUUGGCAGUUGGCUACUUAUGCUGAUAAGCAAGCCACAUACAUGAAAAGAUGCGACCAUGUAUAUAAAAGAUGGAAAAUCAUCGAGAUUAAGAGUGAGACUGAGGUAAAGACUAUAAUGGAAUUCACUUUUCCUUACUUUAAUCAAGGAACAAAUAUAUUUAUCAAUGAAAAUAAAGAUCGACUAAUUCUCAAGAUUAUUAACUUUAGAACCUUCAUCUAUAAAAUCUUAAAGUAUCCUAGUGAUACGCCAGGAUCAAAUGAAGUGUAUUUUGAGCUGAUCAGGCAGAUAGUCGACUAUCCAGAUGAGCUUGAGAAUACUCUCACUGCUAAAAUAUUAACAUUCUUCUCACCUUGUUUUAGUAGAUACAUGAAAAUUGAUAGAAGAACGAACUAAUUUCUAAUUAAAGAUGCUAUAAAUGAUACACUAGUUAGAUACAUACCAAAAGAUAUAUUGUUUCUGUCACCUAAAGGAGGAAAUAUUACUGAACUAGUUAACAGAAUGAAGUGGCUUGACUAUUCAACUAUACUAAUUAUAAAUGAAGAGGGAAUCGAAAAGAUUCUUGAUAUCGAUCAAGACUUUUAAGAGGUCUCUUAUAAUUGGAGACCAAUGUUUAAGGAGAUCCUAGAUGAACAUAGUAAUAUAGAAUACAAGUAUAAUCCCUAUUACUAUUAAAGAUAAUCACUAGAGAAAGAUGAUGUUCUUAGGAGGCUGAAGAGGAUCUAUUAAGAGUAUAAAACUGACUACUACCUAUUUAAAAAGAAGUCCUUUUAGCAGUUCUAUGAAACUAUGUAUACCACUGAUGGAGAAAACUGCUAUUACAAUUCACAUAGUUUCACAUUCCUCCAUUGGAGUAUCAUAGAGUAGAUUCAAAAGAAUAAGUUAAAAGUAAAAGAUCUUGAAGAUCCAGUCAUUGAAUAGCUUCUCUACAACAUAUUACCAGGAGGUAACACAGUGCUUCAUCUAUUAGGGUCAAAAGAGAAGUAGUUGAUGAGAAUCUUUUAGGAGGCCCAUCGAGAUGACUAAAUUAGAUAUCACAUGCCAUUCUUGCCAAAUAUACUUGGCGAGACUCCUAUUCACAGAUGUGUUGAAAAACAAGACUUUAAAUCCAUUGAUACUAUUUUGAAGUAUUUAAAGCUAUAUCCCUCUGACCAUCAUUCAAGAGGCAUUAAAGAUUUACUUGGGGUAUUUGUUAAAUAACAACUUCCAGGUUUUAUUGAUUAUAUCGAUACGAGAUUCCUUUAAACUGAACAGAUUAAAAAAUUUAGCAAGGGAACAUUGAAGAAAGAUAUUAGUGGUAUUAUAACUUCAGAGCUGUGGUUCAAGGAGGAAGAUUUCUUUAAACAAAUUAUGGAUAGAGAGAAUAUGGAAACAAGAAUAAAGUGUGAAUUCAUUGAUCUUCCAGGUGUUUAUCACUACUUGGAUCCAGAUUUCUAGAGUUUCUUUGAUUAACUUGCUAUUACUGAAAACCUUGAUUACUUCAACUAAAAAUCUAUUCAAAAGAUGAUUGACUUUAACUACCCACUAGUGAGAAUGUUUAUUCUAUGUUUCCUAUUCGUUCCAUUCUGUCUCUUCCACACUUUGUUCGUAGUUUAUGCUAAUGUAAUAUAUGAGCAUAGAGAUCAAGAUGAUGAUUUUAAGAGAGCUAAUCUAGCAAUUUGCAUUGUUCUACUGGUAUUUUCAUCCUAUUUCUUGAUGAAUGAAAUCAGAUAAUUAUUCAGAGAAGGUAUUGAGUACAUUAUUUCAGUUUGGAAUUAUAUAGACUUUAUUGCUCCAGCAGGAGUUAUAUUUACUGUCAUCUUAUAACUUUUAGAUUUUUCUGGAAAAGAUGUAGAUGAAACUCUUCUAAGAUGUGUCUUUGCAAUCACAACCUUGUUUAUGUGGAUCAAACUACUUUAUUUCUUAAGAAUUUUUAAGAGUACAGGCUACUUGAUAAGACUGAUAGUUGAAGUCGUCACAGAUAUGGGUAUAUUCUUGUUAGUAUUGCUAAUUACCUUAACUGCAUUUGGCGACUGUCUUCUCAGAUUAUCUUUAUCCAAUAAUCCAGAAAAUUAAUUUAUUCAGCACUCUCCACCUUUAGAUGCCAAUGAAGACGGAACAACUCCAGAAGCCAAAGAUUUAUUCUUUUUCUCAAUUGCAUAUACUUACAGAGCUAUUCUUGGAGAUUUCGAUAUAACCUCAAUUGGCAAAGUCGCUACUCCACUAAUCUGGAUUAUCUGGACUAUCCAUAUGCUAUUCAAUAUGAUUGUCAUGCUUAAUCUACUUAUUUCCAUCAUAGGAAGUACUUUCGAAAGAGUGGUAGAUAAUCAAGAACAAGCUGGCUACUAGGAAUAUGCUUGCUUGAUUGCUGAAAACUAGCACUUAAUUCCAUACUCCUUCAAGAAAUCAUAUGCGAUAUAGGGAAAGUAUUUGGUAAAUGUAACUGAUUUAGAAUCAAUGAACAACAAUGAAGAUAGUGAUCCAGUUACAUCUAGACUUGAUGAGAUGAAAAUAGUCAUUGAAACUAUUUAGGAAGAAAUCAAAAGUCAAGGACAUUUAAUUAUAAAAAUGGCUAAGAAAAUUGAUAAGUAGGUACCUGAUGAAGUCCAAGAAGCAGAUGCCAAUGAAGAAGGUGAAGAUUGA